CCCGGGUGAGCCCGGCGGCGGGGCCGUGCCGGAGCUGAGCCAGGCUGGUGUCGUGGUGGCCGUGUUCCCGAGCCAGCGGCUGAGGGCAGCGUGUCAGCGGAUCAGCUAAACCCCGGGGAUGAUGAGCACCGUCGCAGCUGAGCGCCAGCCGGGGCCGGGACCUGGAGGAGCCGCCGGAGCGCGGUGCCGCGGCUGAGGCCGGUGCGCCGAGCUGUGCCGGACCCCUCCGCAGAUGCUCCUUGCCUGGCACGUGGAGCCACCGGGGGCCCUCGCCGCGGCCGGACAACGCGGAUGGAAAGCUGCAGCCCAGCAGCUCUCGUUCCCGCAGGGAGCCUCGCUGGCCGGCUGACGCCCUCCCGCGCCCUAUGCCCGCGCCCUGUGCCGGAGCGGGCGCCGUCCCCGGCUCAGCCACCCGCCGACCAUGAAGUGCUCGUUGCGCUUCUGCUUCCUCUCGACCGCCUUCCUGCUCGUCUUUGUCAUGUCCCUCCUCUUCACCUACUCGCACCACAGCAUCGCCUACCUGGACCCCGGCGGGCUGGGAGGCAUCCACCGGGUGAAGCUGGUGCCCGGCUAUGCCGGGAUGCAGCGGCUCAGCAAGGGGGGGCCGUACCCCCGGGGCUGCGCCUGCCGCCGCUGCCCGGCCGAGGAGCCCGGGGCCACCGACUGGUUUGAUAGGCGCUAUGACGGCACCGUGUCCCCAGUGUGGACCAAGGAGAACAUGGACCUACCGCCCGACGUCCAGAGGUGGUGGAUGAUGCUGCAGCCCCAGUUCAAGUCCCACAACACCCACGAGGUCCUGAGCAAGCUCUUCCAGAUCGUACCGGGCGAGGAUCCCUACCGCUUCCGUGACCCACGCCGCUGCCGCCGCUGUGCCGUGGUUGGCAACUCAGGCAACCUACGCGGCUCCGGUUACGGGCCGGAAAUCGACGGUCACGACUUUGUGAUGCGGAUGAACCAGGCCCCCACAGUGGGCUUUGAGGGCGAUGUGGGUGGUCGGACCACACACCACUUCAUGUACCCGGAGAGUGCCAAGAACCUGCCCGCCAACGUCAGCUUCGUGCUCGUGCCCUUCAAAACCCUGGACCUGCUCUGGAUCGCCAGUGCCCUCUCCACCGGCCAGAUCAGGUUCACAUACGCACCUGUGAAGGCUUUUCUGCGUGUGGACAAAGAAAAGGUGCAGAUCUACAAUCCUGCCUUCUUCAAGUACAUCCACGACCGCUGGACGGAGCACCACGGGCGCUACCCCUCCACCGGCAUGCUGGUGCUCUUCUUCGCCCUCCACGUCUGUGAUGAGGUGAACGUCUUUGGGUUCGGUGCUGACAGCCGGGGGAACUGGCACCACUACUGGGAGAACAACCGCUAUGCCGGGGAGUUCAGGAAGACAGGGGUGCACGAUGCCGACUUUGAGGCACACAUCAUCGACAUGCUGGCCAAAACCAGCAAGAUCGAGGUUUACCGGGGAAACUGAGGGCUGAGCCUCUGGCUCCCUGCUCCAGCAGGUCCUGCUGCCUGCAGGGGCAGAGGGUGAGGGUCUCCCUGGUUGCCUCAAGCGACGAGCACCAGAUGGGCAGCGCAGGUCUGCGUUGCUGACAGAGCCACCCCAGUGGUAUUUGGUGCCUCCAGCAGCCAAUCAGGUUCAGAGCUAAAGGAGACUUUUUGCUUUUUUAAAAUUAUUAUUAUUAUUAUUAAGAAACCCAGCUGAGAAAGGAUUUAUAAACACAAUCAGCGACUGACCAGGCGGCGGGGGCAGCCGCCUUGCAUCUCUCUACAGUCAAACCAAAUGCUGCUCUUUUUAAAACAAGACAACCCCCCUGCCCUGAAGCCACGUGACUUUGGGGAACCCCUCGAGCAUCGUGUCUGGGCCGAGGGGGCUGAGGGAGCUGUGGCAGCUGCGCAGCCUCACCAGUGGAACCAGCUGCUUCCUUUUUCCUUUAUUUUAGUAUUUUUCUUUCACCCACCUGGGGCAGCCGAUGCCGUCGUUUCUCCAGGGAAGGCUCCUGGCAAGAGGCAGGUCCCAGUGCAUGGAUCCAUGGUGGGGAACCAGAAGCUUCGGGAAGCUGGCCAUUGCUGAUGCUCUGCUGCAGGCUGGCAACUGCUGGCACAGCUGUGCAGGGAGACGAAGAGGAACCCCAGCUUUGGGGCCCAGGAUCCCUGCUCUUCUACCUGAGGAUGGGGAAGGGUAGGACAGAUUUCAGGAGUGACUGUACAGGAGGGCAGCUAAGAAACCUGCAGGAGCUGUAGCCUGGUCCCUCUGGCUAAGCUCUGUGAGCAGUUGCAGGAUGCUCAAGGGGUUGUGGGACACAGCAGAGUCAAGGAGACAGGAUUUCCUUUGCUUUCAGGCUGGGAAAAAACAGAUCAGAGAUGAGUGGGUGAGUGAACUGUGCUUUUGCUUUUGUGUUGUUCUAAACAGCUCUGGUGAGAAGCUGAAAUCCCAAAGUCUUUGCUCCUUUUGCCAGGGGUGGCGCUUGGUUUACACCAGUCUGGUACAGCCGAUGCCCUCAGGGUCUCCAGGGCUUCCCAGGCUGGACAGGCAGCCUAUGACAUGGGAUGGGGAGAUGCUGAAGGAAACUGUCUCCCCAGAGGUGUCAUUAAAACCACUUUCUUUGGGUCAAUCAGGUGGGUGUGGGUUUUUUUAGGAGAUGCUGGAAAGCUCAAGAAAAAGGCAGCCAUCAAAAAGGUCCGCCAGAGAGGGACCCUCUGCCUGCAGGGGCUGUGGGGCAGUGCCCAUCUGGAGAAGCUCUACCCGUGCUGCCUGGUUGCAAUAGUUAAUUUGAAGAACAAUCACUGUAGGGUUUUUUGGGCUUGGAGAUUUUUUUACCCUUUUGUAUCUGGCUUUUCUGUAGCAGCCUCUUACCUGUUUCUCCACUUUGGUUUUGUCAUUUUUCAGGGUUUUCUUUUAUUUUUUUGAGGUUUCUCUGCAAUCGUGAAACACGAGGGUGUGGGUUGGUCAUCUGGAGCAGGCAAGUCAGCAGCCCCUGGGCUGGGGAAAUUCAGCUUUUCUGUCCACAGGGAUUUAAACUCCUGAGUUUUGUGGUAGGUUUUAGCCUGUAGAAGUGGAGCCUCCCUGAUGCAGGCAGCCCCAGGACACAGGCUGCUGCAAGCCCUGCUCUCCACUUUCCUGGGUGGUUUUUGUUGAGUUUUUUUGGUGGGUUUUUUGUUUGUUUGUUUGUUUUUUUUUUAAUGGGGAAGAAAAAUAAAAACCAUGAGCAACAAUGAGUGCCUUGACCAUCUCCCAUCAGCAACGCCAGGCUGUGUGCGCUCUGGUGGCAGGGACGUGGCCGAUGUAUCUGGCAGUUGUACCCACUUCCUUCCUCACACCAGGCUGGAUCUUAGCUGGGGAGUGCUGCUGAGAGAGAGAGACACAUCCAGGGCACUGUACUGGUGGCUAGAAAGGCCAAAUCCAGUGUGAUGAGGCUGGACCAGCUCCUGUUGCAGCUGAGCAGGGCCAGGCCUGACAACUGCAGGGUGAGCGGAGACGCUGGGUACCAAACCCGGGUACCGAACCCUCCGGCAGCACAGUGCUGGUAUCCAGUGUCGGGCACGCUCGCAGCUCCUGGCUGCCCUGACAGUAUUUUUUUUUUGGCUAACUUCCUUCCCCUACCCCCCCUUUUUUCUGUUGUUUUAAUUAUUAUUAUAUUAUUAUUUUUUAUUUAAGCUGUCCCACUAGGACUUGCGACCACUUGUGUCUCCCUGGCAAGGCGGCCGCAGGCAGGCGCGUGCUGCACGGCCGGCGCACCACUGUACUGUACAUAGAGGAGGUGUAGGCACAGGCUACGGGCAGGAGGCAGGCAGGGAAGAGGUGCCUGGGCUGGCCCACCUGGCAGAGGUUGUCUGCAUCACACAGUACCUGAUCCGAGCACCCAUCGCCCCCUGCCCCACCGGGAGAGGGAGAGACCAGUGCUCUGACCUAGGGCUAGGAGCAGGCGGGCAGCUCAGCCCGUAGCCUCUGUGUACAUGGGUACUUCUGCACACAACUGUCUUAAAACAACUGUUUUUUUUAAAGUCAAUAAAAAUCAUGCAUCAAA